GUGCUUGCAGGGGGAGUCUGGGUUGGUCUUUCUGCAUGCUGGCUCUUUGUUUCAGGCUCCUAUUCUGCAUAGACUGACACCAUGACCAGGGGGGAUACACCAGCGGACACCCAGGUGGACCUGGGAGAUGUGGAGGCCCAUUUGGAGGACGAUGUCAUCUCCACACAGAGUGACACUAGGCCCCUGCUGAAUGAGAGAGACCCCCGAGGAAUCAAUGAAUGCCUCAAGGUCACCUUUGAGGAUGUGAUUGCUGAACCACAGUCAGUGCGGAGCACUGACAAGGUUUGGAUCUGCAGCCACGCCCUGUUUGAGGUCUCCAGGGUGUGGUUCUACAGGAUCAUCACCACACUGAUUGCUGUUCCUGUGUCUCUGAUCAGUGGGAUACUUUUUGCAAUCCUGACCUGCCUCCAUAUAUGGCUAAUCAUGCCAUGUGCCCAUAUCCUCCUAAUAAACACACAGUGGCUGCAGACUCUCUGGAGCAGUGUACUGGACAUUGCAGUCUCACCAUUCUUCAGGAGCUUUGGGAAGUGCUGUGCAGCCAUUGGCAUCUACUUGACACGGGAGUGA